AUAUGCCUCCUCUGCUUUGUCUCCAGCACUAAAGUAUUCUUCCAAGCUCCUGAGCCCAGUUUUUAAAGCCAAUGAGUGAAUCUUGGAUCGAGAAAAGAUCCAAAGGGUUUUCCUUCGUUGGAGCAGAGGAGGGCUGAAAGGAACGUGGUGAGACCUUCUUCAAAAUAUUCAAUGCCGACAUAUUAGUCAGGAAUCUGUUUUCCACCGAGGAUCCAAUUCGUGUGGUGUGUAACGUAUCUGAGAGGAUAACCAGUAGUCUUAUGGAUAAUGAGGGCCAUUAAUAUUUUGCGUAUCUUUCCUCCCCGUCAUCUUUGGUUAUUUGUGAGAAUCGUGGAUCCGUGGAACUCUCUUCCAACGUUGGAUUGUCUCAAGAGAAGUGUAUCCUUCUUUAAAAAUGUGGUGUUCGCCGGAAGAAUUGAUUAGGUCUAACGGGCACUUCCUCUUUUGUUCCUUAUAUUUGUUUGGAACGUAUUAUUUUUUUGUGCCAACAUUGGCUUUCAAGAUUCUGAAACUUUUUCAACAGCUUCUUUAAUGCUUCGUAACCUCAAAUAAGUGUUGAAUAGACAUAGGUUAAGCUUUUGUCCGUGGUUGUUUUCCUUUGAAAAGACUUUCCAUUGCGGCAUAAGAAAUUGAUCAGAGCAAACGUCAUGAUGUGAUUGCUCAAUAAAACUUAUAUGUGCUGUUCUUAAUCCUAACGUUUAAUAUGAAUCAAAGUCACGUAUAAGGGGAUGAUUCAAAUUUGACAAAUUUACAAUUUAAAAGUCAUUACCAGAGCGAAUUCAUUAUUCUUCAGUUUUUCUUAUCUUUUCGCAUUAUUUUGUGCAUUUUGCGCAUUUUCACUGGGCUCAAGACAUUAAGUUUUUCAUUUUGAACCUUUUUCUUGAAAAUACAGAAAUAUCAAAAGAUGCAACGCAAAUAAUUUCCAAUAAUUUCGUGACAUAUGCAUAUUUUUGCUUUAAGUGACAUUUUUUCUAAAUGGCGCGAUUAUCUUGCUUUUGGCCCUAUGCUAUGCUUACUCAUAAGCACAAAACAAUUGAUGCACGACUUAAGCCCAAAUGUUUUGCCAUGACGCAAGCUCCUUUUGUUCAAAGCACAUACUUCACUAAUCGUUUUUUGUAACCUAGCAUGUGUUAUACCUUUUUGCCUAACGGCUGCAAGAAAUGAGGCCUGCUGACAUCGUUAUAUAGAGUAGAAUGCUAAUGAAGAAAAUUUAUGCCCCCUUUUUACAUUGCUCUUGAAUUUUACCUUAUCAUAUCAUUUUGUUGUUUCAUUAUUUUGCUAGUGACUCUUUUAAAAAGGGGAAAUUGAAGUAGAAACGUUAAACGCAAUCUUUAUUAUUUAUUUCCUUUUGCAUUUGCUUGGAUAUAUCGUGAUCAUGUUAGAGAUGAUGGAACUCACUAAAUCUGAUAACUCCUUAUUUUACCUAAACAACAUAAUUGUUUCAUCAUCACUCUCUUACUCGGAUGCAUAGCAUGAAAAUGGAUUAUUUGGAUUCAAUUGCUUCCUUUUUUUCUGACAUGACAAAUGUCAAAAGCACCAUUAAUAGUGAUUACAGUUGGUAUUUAUAAGUGAAGGGAUGUUUCUUGUGUGUUACAUAUUUUUUUCAUUGCAAACCUCAUUUGUUAUUGUAGAAAGACCCACGCAUCAGACUAAUUAUUGUCUUCAUCAACGAAGUUGAAAAAAAGUCAUCAUUGGCCAAAGUUUAGUUUUGUCUAAUAUACCGACUUUGUCGACAAAUGAAACUUGGUGCAGCCGAGCGGUAUAAGAGGCAACGCAUACAAUGUAAGUCUUUUCUCGUUAGGUGUCGUGGGUUUAAGGUUUAAACCCCGAUACCGGUAGUAACCCUGUUCACUUCAUAUUUGUAAAAUGGCCGGGGACGGGCAAAUUGUGCAUAAUUAUUUUUUAUUACUAAGCACCACUUUUUAAUACAUUUGCACUUUUCACCUUUAUUCGCACCAUUUCACUUUAGUUUUGCACUUUUUUUAACAUUUAGCCUAAAAAUGUUCCUCUGGUUGAAAUCAGAACUUGCUUGGCGUUAGAAUUGGUUUCUAAGUUUGAAAUCAAAGGCCGCCACCAAAUAAGGAUAUGUAUGUCUGAAUUUUGAAGGACGUCAUUUAUAAAUCUUUGUAAGUCAAAAGAACUUCCCUUUUGGUUGAGAAUCAAGUGAAAGCAGAAAUGAAUAGAGCCAGUUUCAAGUCCAAAGAGAGAAACUAAGCAGGGCGCUAGAGUAAUUAAAAAGCCCAAAAACGCACCAUACCUGCUUUCCUUGGCUCAUCAUGCUAACUAGAUUCUCUCUUUGAUGAAGGAAAAUUCCAAUUUUUCUUCAGUUAUAUCAAUCUAGAGACUGGUGCGGAUGUUCUGGUGAGAAAAAAUAGCAAAGGGAAGCUCUUCUUGAAAUAAUUUUAAAAAAAGACGUUUCGUUGAUUUGGAUUAAAAGUGAGACAAAAAUCUUUUUUUUUUAAAGGACGCUUUCCAAAUUCUGACAACAUUGAAAAAUGGAUUGGAAUAUCCCUUUUUUUUGCUCACGCUAUGUUACACUUUUUGGCCUUUUUUGCACCCAUUAGGCUUAUUUUUGCACCUUUCUGUCUCCACAAGGCUGUGCUGUUUUGCACAUUUUACCCGCCCCUAAUGAUGAUACAUCAUUCGUAAAAGUGUUUUAGUUUGGUCUAAUUAACGAGUUGCAUCCGGAACUGUUUUGAAAUGCCUGGCUAAUGGUUAGAAUUGAUAACUGGUUCACAAGCAACCAAAAACUUUCCAUUUGCGUAAUAGAUAAUCAAUGACGUAAAGCCAAUUCUUGCAAACACCAGUCUUUUAAUAAUUUUGUAAUGUCAACAAUCUAUUUCCAAGUUUCGGCCAGCCCGUAAGAAUGAGCAUUCAAUAUGUCCACACUCGGUUGAUGUCAAUCGUAAACGACUUUACAUAUGUUUGACCUCUUCUUAUCUGGCCUUGGAGACAUUGGAGAUAAUUCUUAUCAAUUGCUGAGAAGUCUCGGGAAGAAGACGAAAAUAGUCGCUGAAAAGUUGAACAUGGCCACCAUUCUCAUAACUGGUGGAUCGGGGUACCUUGGUUUCCAUAUAGCCUUGGAACUGUUCCAAAAAGGUUUCAAAGUCAUUCUAUUUGACUUGAAAAAAACUGUGGACGUUUUGAGGAAAAGUUUAAUAAAAAAGUAUUCUCUGGAUGAAAAUAGCCUGAAGAAAAACAUCAAUUUCGUACAAGGCAACAUCUGUGAUUUUUCAUCUUUACGGGAUGUUGUUAUUUCCAACGAUGUGGAAGCGAUCAUUCAUUGUGCUUCUUUUGGGAUGUCAGGCAAUGACAAUCUUCCAGCAAACAAUGACACGAUUGAGAAGGUCAAUCUGGGGGGGACUCGAAAUGUCCUGAAGGCUGCUUCAAAAUCAAAGGUCAAGGCAAUCGUGUACACAAGCACCGUCAAUGUGGUGUUCAACGGCCAAGUCAUCAUUAAUGGCAAUGAAGCGAAUACCUCGUAUUUGGGUCUAACAGAACACGCGGAUCACUAUUCCUUAACAAAACAAGUGGCUGAAGAGCUAAUUUUGACAGCAUCCGGGAAAGCUCAACCCAACGGAGUGAUGAGAACCUGCUCUUUGAGAUUGAAUGGCAUCUAUGGGGCCUACGAACAACAGCAUCUACCCAGAUCCAUUGCAAUCAUGCGGCAAGGCCUCUUCAAAGUUGGAUAUUGCUUGGACACCAAGCAAGAUCUGGUUCAUAUUGAUAACGCGGUGCAAGGCCAUGUCAAGGCCGUUAUGGCCAUGUUGGAUCCGAAGCAAGCUGAAAAGAUGGACGGAGAGGCUUAUUUCAUUACCGAUGGCCAUCCUGUGAACAAUUUAAAGUUUUUUGGAGAAAACCUCUUACCUGCCAUUUUGGGACAGGAUGCCAAAAUGCCAGAGUUUGAAGUGCCCUUUCUUGUGGUGUUGGGCAUCUCGUGGGUAUUCUUCUUUUUGUCCAAAGCCUUGGGCAAAAACUUCUUGUUACCUGUUCCAGCAAUUACGACGGCUGAAGUUUAUAAAACCGGCGUGACGCAUUUCUUUAAUGUGGAAAAGGCGAAUUCUCACUUUGGCUACAAACCUGAAGUCAAAUGGGACCAAAAGUCUUGGGAUGAGAUUUUGGAAUCCCAAAAACUGGCAAGACCCAUCUUGAAGCCAAUUAAAUGUUCGCGUCAAACCAAUCCAAAAACGGAACGUUUUGAACCCUCAACUUCAAUCUAAAAAUGGUGCUUUUAUGCAUUGUGCAUAUGUGCUUUAUUAUGAGAAAACUGUCAACAAAUAUAAGGUCGAUUCUAGUGACUGCAGGGGCUUAAUGUGCAUUUUUAGAGCACCUUCAAGCCCUCGAGAAUCCAGGCUAGUUCGAACAAUGAAGUCCACGUCUCUUUUUUCUCGGGCUCCUUCAUUGUUUAAUUUGCUUCCCUCUGAUAUUCGUAGGGAAUACGUAGGCCUUGUUGAUCCGGAAGCAUCUUUCAAGUCAGACUUGGACAAAUUUUUAGAUAGCAUUCCUAAUCAACCCUACAUUCAAGGACUAGCUCGGUCUGCCAACUCAAAUUCGUUCGUAGACCAAACAUCAUAUAAAGAUUGAAAGGUAAUAAGUAGACGAAUUGUGACCUUUCAUUUCAAUAGUACCGGGAAUUACAUUCCCUGUAGCGGUUAGAAAAGCCCGUGAAAAAACAUACAAAAAAUGACGAAAAAUCUUUUAGAUCACCGUUGUAUUUUGCAUUGCUUCUUUUCAUGGCAAACAAUCCUAAGAAUCAAAGUCUGCAGGAACUGGAUAAGAUUACUGUUUUUGAGCUCGCCUUCCUCACCGCUACUGGGAAUGGGAUCUACAGGCAAAAACAGGCAUGCAUUUUAUAUCAAUUUAUACUUGUAUAAUAUUUGAUUCAAUAAUACUUGCUGUAUUUAGAUCUAGCUAAACCUUGAAUAAAAGGUUGAUCAGGAAUUUUAGUCAAAAACGUACAUGAUCAACUCCAAAAUACUCCCUUCGAAUAUUUAAGUGGAGUAAAUUGAACAGUGAUGGAGGCUGAAAAUGAAGAGAGGUGAACUCUAUUGUUCUAACUAACCGGGAUUCUCGAGGACUUCAAGGUGCUCUCAAAACGCACAUUAAGCCUCUACGGUCACUAGAACUGACCCUAAAUCCUG